UUGCCCAUCUUUGCGUAAUCGUGUCAAGUGAGACUCUCAGAGAUGGCAGGCCUUUUCAAGAAUUUCAGAAACGGACUCUUUUUGCCGGAAAGCCGCAUUUUUGGCAGGGGACGAAAUUUGUACGUGUACAUGCACAAUUCUGCAUUAAGCGAACGUUGCAGGAUAACCAGUGUCAGUGCGUUGGCUUGUCGUUUUUCCCGGAGUGUGCCAAAGACACGUGCAUGUUGUUUCUCACACCUAGGUUUCGCAGAACCCCUGCCAGGAUCCUUGGCUCUGAGGUCAAUUCCCACUCCAGCACUAAAGGGAACUCGCCGUUUCUUUUCCUUUUACACAAGGAUGGAGAGUGCCAAUCAGACAACUGCGUCUUCGGCUCAGCUCAGAUACUUGAUUGUCGAAAGGUUGAGCGACGCCUCAGCGGUGAUGAUGAUAAAAAUUAACAGGCCCAAUUCCCUCAACGCCCUCUGCCUUGCUCUCUGCGAUGAACUCGUAUACACGCUUGAACAACUGGAUGCUGAUGACAGCGUGCGCUGCGUGGUGCUCACUGGGGUCGGUGAGAAGGCUUUCGCGGCAGGCGCUGAUGUGAAGGAAAUGCAGAGGCUCAAUUUUGCCGACAUCGUGACAUCGGGUGAUUUGCUGGCCAAGUGGGCGAGGAUACACUCAUUCAGGAAACCAAUCGUGUGUGCUGUCAAUGGAUACGCUCUCGGAGGAGGCUGCGAACUGGCCAUGAUGUGUGACGUUGUCAUCGCCAGUACACAGGCUAUGUUUGGUCAGCCAGAAGUGCGGAUCGGAACGAUCCCAGGAAUGGGAGGCUCUCAGCGGCUGCCCCGUGCUGUUGGAAAGAGCUUGGCGAUGGAAAUGAUCCUCACAGGGGAACCUAUAAACGCGGAACGCGCUCUUCAGGCCGGGUUGAUAAGCCGAGUGGUGCCGCCUUCACAUGUGGUGGAUGAGGCAGUCAAAGUCGCAACAUCCAUUUCGAGCCAUUCCUUGCCGAUGCUCAUUGCGGCGAAGGAGUGCGUCAAUCGAGCGUACGAAAUGCCAUUACAAGAAGGCCUGCUCUUCGAAAGGCGUCUUUUCCACGGGACGUUUGCAUACGAAGACCGCAGAGAGGGCAUGACCGCCUUUGUGGAAAAACGAACUCCUCAGUGGCAUCACAAAUGAUCCCCCUGGGACAUGCUACCCUUCAGGCUGACCGUGCAGAAGUGCGGCUCCCCGUCCCAGGCUUUUGAGCAAGUGCAGAAAAAGAGUUUCGAGUUUUCUCUCCUCUGUGAUGUCAUAUGUCCUCGCAGAAAACAGGAUGCACCCGCGUGAUCUCUUUCGAUUCAUGCUUUCGCACAGUCGCAUCACCGAUGCGUUUUUCCGUAGAUACCACAACAGGCAGUCGUGAAUCCGUCGGCUGAGCGACCAGACGCAUUUCCCCUAACAGAGACACUGAGACACAAAUGGCCGCCGACAUGCAUUCCUCUGACUCGAAAGGGUCAACCUACAACUAGGACAAUCAACACGCAGCUAUACACAAACGUACACUGACACUGUGGCGCUUUGGCACGAAGCAUACAUUAUCCAUAGUCACUUGAGUUAUGAUACGUGUUGCAUCGCUGAUCCCACCUUGAAUCUCAGCAGAGUGUAGCGUGCGAAGCAUUUGGGUGUAGUCCUACAAACAGAUGUUCACGCUACCAGAACGGUGGUAGAGACCAGAGUUCGUCACGCUCGGUAUUGAGGUACUGAAUGUGUCUCAAAGAAAAGGUGAAACAAUAUGGGAUACUGUUCACGCAGUGAGAUAAUGACUGAAUCUCAAGCUCAUGGUGUGGAGACGAAGUCUUGGAUGAGCGUGUUCUGUCUUCCCAUGGCACCUGACAGUGGCGUAAUACUGCGGCAGCACGAUAGCGACAUUGAGACGAAUAAGUGGGACACAUAUGCGCAUAAUAAAUGAACGAAGUAACUGCAUGAGGUGUGUGUUUUCACUGCCUUAAUCAGCCAUCAGUGGACAGUUGCUCUAAGGUUUUACGCUACUGACCACGUCCCGUACGGCAUCGCAGUGUUGCUUCACGGCAUCUCCAAAGGCCUCUGCUCCACACGGGUGCAGCUUCGCAACGGAGAGACUUCUGCAGGGCAGAAGUUUUGCAGGACAAAAAAACGCGACCAUAACGACUCUUCUUCAGGACGUCUGUUGCUCCACUUUUAACUAUUGACACC